AUGGCAAUGGAAAAUACAGAUUUAGACGUUAGUAGCGGCUCAACGACAAUUAACAUGCCUGUUCAGGUAAAUCCACCGGAGAAAUUUACGUUUUCACAGCCAAAUAUGUGGCCCCAGUGGCGCAAGAGGUUCCAGCGUUUCAUGAGCGUGUCGGGACAAGAUCAGAAGCCGGAGAAAGACAAAAUCGACAUUCUUAUGUAUAUAAUGGGAGAUGAGUCCGAAGAAAUCGUUCUACAGUUUCCGAAAAUUCCAGCUACUAAUUCAGAGAUGUUACAGAGUUUUGAAAAUCACUUUAUUCCCUGUCGAGAAGCUAUAGGACACUUUAUUACCAGUUUACAUUCGUUGGCAGAAUAUUGUGACUACAGAACCCUUAAGGAAGAGCUAAUUAGGGAUCGCAUAGUGGUAGGAAUGUUAGAUACAAAAACUAGCGAACGUUUGCAUCUACAAGGUACGCUGACUUUGAAAGAAUGUAUUAUUGCUGCAAAACAAGCAGAAAUGCAGGCAAAUCAGACUCGGGAAUUGCGUAAUAAAAACCGUUAUCAUCCAACUCAAGAAGUAGCAAAAGUGGGUGUCCAAAAUAGAGAACGAGGCAAUGUCACCGUAUCGUUUCAGAAGGCAGACAACAUCAGAAGAAAGAAUUUCCAGGGAGACACGUGUAUGUUUUGUGGUCAGCAGUCUCACUUAAGGGAGGUAUGUCCUGCUAGAAGGUCUCAGUGUAAUAAGUGCAAAAAAUUUGGUCACUGGGCAUCAGUUUGCUUAUCUGGUAAAGGUCAAAGAGAAAAUAAGGUUAGUACUGUAGAAAUUGAUAAUUUUAUGAUAAAUUCAGAGGGUAAUAAUUUGAAUUUUGUCGGCUCUGUUUAUAUUAAUAAUAUUGAGGCUCGAGAGUGGCUGAUUUCUGUGCUUGUGUUUGAGCUGCGGACAAAAUUUGAAUUUUUAAUUGACUCUGGAGCAGAUGUUUCAUGUAUUCCUAGUUCUCUGAUGCCUAAAGAGAUAUUAAAAACUUUAUGUAAGCCUUAUCAAACAGUUACUGGUCCAUCUGGCAUUAAAUUGGAGGUAGCAGGAAGUCUUCCUGUUACCCUCUGUCAUAAUAAUGACAUUUCAAAAACUCAAAUGUUUGUUAUACAAAAUUUAUCUAAACCUAUUUUUGGAAGAAAAGCAAUAUAUAUUAGACUUAAAACUUCUACAAUUUCAUGA